CACGGAACUGUUGACGGGUUGGGGUUGGUAUAGGGUAAUUUGAAUCGGGUUUGCAUAGCUCAUCGGCAGGUCGCAGCACAAACUCCAAACGCGCAUCCUUCAGCCGCCAGCGUGCCGCAUCGCGGAGCAAUCACUUUGGUAGCAAGACACCUGACUAUCGUAAUAGAUUCCAUCAUUCCAGGCAGAAUGGAUGCAGGGGCGGGUGAUGUUGCCCAAAUAUCAGCUGAACUUGCCCGGGUUGUGGAAGUGAUGAUGUCACCUGGUGUACCACAAGAACAACGCCUAGAAGCCUACACAGCGUGUGAACGUUUCAAAGAAUCCUCUCCUUUAUGUGCACAAUGUGGUCUUUUUCUUGCUCAAAAAUGUACAAACACUAGCUCCGUGGUGCGACAUUUUGGGCUGCAGCUGAUGGAACACUGUGUUAAGUAUAGAUGGACCCAGAUGUCGCAGCCUGAAAAAAUUUUCAUCAAAGAAAAUGCCAUGAAAUUACUCCAAGAUGGUACCGAGCCUCUGUUACAAGAAGAAACCCAUAUAAAGGAUGCCUUGUCCAGAGUCAUUGUAGAGAUGAUCAAAAGAGAAUGGCCUCAGCAAUGGCCUACGCUAUUAGCUGAACUGAGUCAAGCUUGUACCAGGGGGGAAAGCCAAACUGAGCUGGUUCUCCUAGUGUUCUUAAGACUGGUUGAAGAUGUAGCCCUUUUGCAGACGUUAGAAUCGAAUCAAAGGAGGAAGGACAUAUACCAAGCACUAACUACAAAUAUGGCAGAGAUAUUUACUUUUUUUCUAAGACUGAUAGAGCAGCAUUUUACAAAGUUUCAAGAAACAAGUGGCCUAGGUCGUAUUAAUGAAGCCGCCGCCCAUGGAAAAGUUGUUCAAGUGGUUCUGCUUACUCUGACAGGAUUUGUUGAAUGGGUCUCUAUUGGGCAUAUGAUGACUGAGGCUGGCCGACUUUUGCAUAUUCUGUGCGUACUCCUUGGCAACCCUACAUUUCAAUGCCCUGCAGCUGAAUGUCUCUUGCAAAUUGUCAAUCGUAAGGGUAAAGCUGAGGAUAGAAAACAAUUGAUGAUUCUUUACUCUGAAGAGGCACUUAGAUGCAUUUACAGUGCUGCAAUUGGACCUGUGUCCCCACCAGGACCUAAUAACUGUGAUGAAAAUCGUUACUUGUUUUUGAAGAAGCUGAUUCAGGUACUAACUGGAAUGGCGUGGCAACUUUGUUCACUUUGGGGUAAGGAAGAUGGAUCUACGGUAUGCCCGGCCCACUUCAAUCUCUACUUGGAUGCUGUGAUGACGUUUACAACCCAUUCUAGCCUAACGUUAUCACACAUGGCCAAUACCAUAUGGGUAAUGUUGUUCAAACAUGACCAGAUCAAGACAGACCCUUUGCUGCUGACUUAUGUACCAAAGUUCGUUGAGAGCACGGCCCCUAAGCUUAUCAAACUGUCCUACGCAAACGGUAGGCCUACAAACAGGACAGUUGCCUAUCCUUUGGCAGACUAUGAUUCUGAAGAAGAGUUCAACGUCUUCUUCCAUCGAUUGAGAAUGGAUCUGCUUGAAGGGUUUCGCCAUGCAACAAUGGUCGCACCCUUGGUAACCUUUGCUUAUGUCCAGCAAUGGCUGACGGCUAAAAUAACGAAAGGGCUUACAGAUAUAGGAUAUGAGAGUAAUCCAAAUGAUCCGGUAUACCUUGAAUGGGAAGCCCUUGCACAAGCUCUAGAUUCGGUAACUUCACGGAUACUUCACGUGAAUGAGCGACCAAGUGUACAGACUGGCCUUCAACUGUUGGAAUUGUGUUUAAGUUACUCUCCGCUUGAUCCCUGGCUGUUAUCUGCUCUAUUGUCAUGUAUAAGUGCAUUAUUUGUCUUUCUAUCCAUGUCCACGGGUUCUAUGGAAAUGCCUGGUGUAACUAUACUGCCGAGGGUAUUGGAAAAGAUUUUUGCAGCUUUGGUAUUCGAAGGACGUGGUGAUACGAAAGACAAUAGGUCCAGGGCGGUGAAGAAUGUCCGGCGUCAUGCUGCGAGUCUUAUGGUGAAGAUUGGAUUGAAAUAUCCUCUCCUACUUCUCCCAGUUUUCGAACAGAUCCACACUACCGUCUUAGGGCUAGUACAGGAAGCCAGUCAACUAACAAAAAUGGAGGGCGUUACAUUAUAUGAAGCACUUUUAUUGAUAUCAAAUCAUUUCUGUGAUUACGAGAGACAAACACGGUUCGUUUCCGAGGUCAUCGGUCAAGGAUCGUCCCGGUUUGUCGACAUUGGCACUGAGGCGUUCAAAGGACCAAUUGAAUUCAUGCGGUUCGUUGGUCUUGACAGAGCACCGAUCGAGUGCAACAUGGAAGAUCCGACUGGAAAAAAUCGGGCAGAUCUUGUAUUUUGUCUUGCCACAAUAUUAAGUGUUGUAAAACGUUGUUCGGUACCCGAAGAUCCUGAUCGUGCCUCCAGAGGUGGCUUUUUGGCAGCUCUCAGUGAAAGUGGUAACCCAGUUUACAGAAAUCCUUCAAGCCCACAUGUGAUCCCAGUUCUACCAACGCUAUUUGCUCUCUUAAGGGCAACCAACGCACUCUUCACACCCGAAGCACUUGCUCUAUUGUCCGAGGGAUAUCGAUCCGCUCAUGGACUCCUAGAAUCAGAAAAAUCAAAUCUCCUUGGAGUAAACGCAUCGAACAGUGACAACAAUGCUGCUGAUUCAGAUCAGACAUCGGUAGCACCAUUGGUUCGAAUGCAAACGUUUCUUUCAAACGUUCAUGAUACCUGUUACCACAUGCUAGGAAGUGGGUGCCACACAAUCGGUCGUGACUUUUAUCAGCUAUCAGGACUUGCACCCGCACUGCUUAAUUCUGUAUUUUCAAAUAUGGAGGUGAUCCCAGAUUACAGACUCCGACCAAUAAUACGGGUAUUCAUGAAACCGUUCAUCCAUUUUUGCCCACCUGCCUACUACGAGACAGUGCUCAUCCCUGUUUUAGCCCAUGUCUCAACUCACAUGUGCCAGAGAUUAACAGCCAAGUGGCAGUAUAUGACUCAGCUUUAUGAAUCAGGAGGAUUCGACGAGGAGAACUGUACAAAUGUUCAAGAGGUGAUCGAUGAUAUGUUAAACAGAAACUUGACCCGAGACUUCGUCGAUGUGCUGAAGGUGGCUCUUGUCGGUGGUGCAGCGAGUGACGCUUCUCCGUCAGACUUUAUGGAACAAGACAGCAGCGGAAUGGCUGUUGAUGCACCAUCGACAAGGGGUAGCAGUAUUGUUGCCGAAGUAGUCAGUGAGCUUGGGACCCUUGUACUACGACAUCCAUCCACCUGCCACAGUGUAGUGCUCUGCGUUCUAGGAGCAUUAUCUUGGAAUGACUCAAAUGCUAGUCUCAGAGCAACUACGCUCACCGGGCCUAUUGUACGAGCUUUAGCUGUCGACGGAAGUCUAACGCCAGCAAUGGCUGCUCACGUAAUGGUUGCUGUCCUUCAAGGACUGCAAUUACACGGUCAACAUGACGCUAAUCAAGGAUCUCUCAUAACGCUGGGAGCACAGAUCUACGAAUGCCUCAGGCCCAAAUUUCCUAACAUAAUUGAGGUGAUGCAACAAAUACCUGGUGUAAACCCAGCCGAUCUGCAAAGGUUCGACGAAAAAAUGACGGUGGUUAGCGCGAAAGGAAACAAAGUUGAAAAAGGAAAGAAGGACCUAUUCAAAAAAAUUACCAAUCAGUUGAUAGGUAGAAGUAUGGGUCAAUUAUUCCGUAAAGAGGUGAAGAUUGAUAAUCUACCACGACUGGAGGUGACUGGUAAAUCACGAUCGCUUCGCGUCGAUGAAAUUUCGAACGGUCCUUCCGAAACGGGUCUUACAGCACUUUUCGCAGGACCCACGUAGCAUACAGCUCAGGAACGCAACGUCUUUCAAAAUUGGUCUAGCUCGUUGUGUGAGUAUAAGUUAUUAUAAAAAUUUACGAUUUUUAUUGGAAGUAAAGACGAAGGGGAACGCGAUCGACGGGAGGGAUUUUGUCGUUAACAUGGUACCCACAUAGAUCGCUGGAAAUCUUGUGCGUCAAGUUCGAUAUUACGUUAUGUUGACUCUGUUUUUGUUGUUGAUUGUUUUUUUUUCAUUUUUUUUCUCGUUCAGAAGCAUGCUGCAUCCAUACACGUUCCUAACUUAAUAAUAUAAUAUAUUUUGUGUAAAAAAUCAACUUGAUAUGCAUUAUUGGCAUAUUAUGGGUGCAAUGUACAUAUACUACAGUAUACUACAGUAUGCGUACAUUGUGUUGCUAGAAAAAUUUAAAUAACCAAUUCCUCUCAGUUUUCGCCACCUUCAAUCUAGUAAGAGGCGGUCAUACGUUUUUAUGUUCGUAGUACUACUGUGAUUAUAUAUUUCAUGGUGUCGAUUCGAAUGGCAAAAAAUGAAUCAUGUAACAUACUGGUGUAAUGAAAAUUUCGUUUCCUAUCGCGUACUGUUACAUUUUCUAUAGAUAUAGUUAUUUAUUAAAUUAUAGAUAUCGAAUAAAAUUGUGUACUAAAAAUUCAUAAAUUGUCCUCGCACAAAGAACGGUGGACGAUAAUAUACGGGUCGUAUAAGUUGUGCAUACCGACCUAUUUCAACGGAUAUUCAAUAGGUGGGUUUCUAAAAUUUGUUACUGCCCCGCGUGAUCAUUGCGAUCCAAGAAGCCGCGAAAAUUUUCUAAUAAGAACUACCGGGUACGUAUGCAUUUGGGUAUGAACAAGAUUGACGUCGACUAUACUACCGUCCGCGCUUGACCCUGGAGGUCACUUUUUGUAAAAUAUUGACUGAAUCCUCGUUACGUUUGGCUAUCAAUAAAUGAAUGAAUAAAUAGAAAUGAGUUAAAAAUGAGAUGAGGCUAGUGAUAGUAUGUAAAAUCCAAUUAUGUCAUUCCCGAGAGUUCAGUGCCAGGUGCGCCUUCGUUGCUGAAUAGCACGCGUUAGCUUGGACCCAUCAUGCCAGUGUACAUACAUAUACACAUUUAUAUACAAUUGUAUAUUGUACUAUAAAGAUAAUGAUUAUAAUAGUAACAUUAACAUUAACACUGAUAACAUUGAUAAUAAAUCAAACACUACUGUUAACGUAAAAUACAGCGGUAACAAUAAACUUGAAUUUCUAAAUAUGCGAUUGGCAAGGGCUGAAAAGUUUCUGCGGCAAGAUGGGAUCAACGCGCGAUAUGUAUCAAUGCGGAAUUUAAUCUCAGGAGGUGUUGUCAAUGCGGAAUCCUAAAUGCUGAUCAUCUCAGAAGCCAGUAAAAUUAUAUUGAAGAGCAAUUACCAUUCCACGCGCCUGUUUCGCGUCUGAAACCUGCAUAGCUAUAUUACGAUCUGAAAAUCAACAAGUUCAACCUUAAGUUGUUAAAUUUCAUUUGCAAAAGCAUUAUGGUACUCCCUAAGUACUGUCCGCGAAUGCUUCUUUUUCAAGAAUUUUGUAAGUAUAAUCUGUACAACCGUUGUACGUUCGAUUAAUUAGUUGCAAAUAUGUAUAUAAUAUAAAUAUUAAUUAAAAAUAGGCUAAUAAUUGACGCCUGCAACAUUUUUUGUACGUACCAAUAUCACACUUAUAAUAGAUAUACACAAAUAUCGAAACGAAACGAAAAUGAAAAAAAAUAUUUGUAUACGAAUACGCUUUAGUUCAAGUUUAUUGAAAAUUUCUUGCAGCAUACAGACAUUUAUAGCACGAUCAUCUUUUUUACAAUCAAAAAUACAUGUAGGUAUAUUUUUUCAGUGCUCUUAUUUUCUAAGGCUGUAAAAUAUUUCAAUAUGUUUAAUCGCGAAUUAAAGUAACGUUACGCGAUAUAAUUAUUACAUUAACAUGAAUUAUUACCACUUGGCGCUUAGCGUAUCGUUGCCAUAAUCAGAAGGCACUUUCGCGACGAUGACGAUGAUGAUGAUGAUGAUGAUAAUGAUAAUAAUGACAAAUAUAAUAAUAAUAUAUAUAAGUAAAACCUUUCGCGUCUCUUUGGACGAUGCAGGUUUGAAAAUAUCUCUGUGUGUAUAUAAUAUGUUUUCUAUAAUAAGUAUGUAUACAACGCCAUCGAUUAAAAUAAUUUCAUAUAGAUAUCAA